GACUCUACACACCAAAGAUCAGCGUAGUUUGAUCUGGCGCUGGGGCGGGGAUGAAAGGUGGUAAAUAUGGCGGCGGCCUUGGAAGAAGAUGAAAUCGACAAUGAUGACUAUUAUUCUUUGUUAAACGUCCGCAGAGAGGCCACACAGGACGAGCUCAAGGCUUCAUAUCGCCGUCUUUGCAUGCUCUACCACCCAGACAAGCACAGAGAUCCAGAGCUUAAGAGGCAGGCAGAGCAGCUUUUUAACUUGGUGCACAAGGCUUAUGAAGUACUAAGCGACCCACAAUCUAGAGCAAUCUAUGAUGUAUAUGGGAAGAGAGGGCUGGAUGUGGAAGGAUGGGAGGUAGUAGAGAGGAAAAGAACGCCAGGAGAGAUCCGUGAAGAGUAUGAGCGACUUCAAAGAGAGAGAGAGGAGAGAAGACUACAGCAAAGGACCAACCCUAAGGGGACAAUAAGCGUGGGUAUUGAUGCGACAGACCUCUUUGAUCACUAUGAGGAGGAUUAUGAAGAGAUCUCUGCUGGUGGCAGCGGCGGUUUACCGCACAUUGAGAUCAACAGGAUGCACAUAUCUCAGUCCAUAGAGGCCCCUCUGACCACCUCAGACACAGCCAUUCUUUCUGGCUCUCUCUCCACACACAAUGGCAAUGGGGGAGGAAACAUAAACUUAGCCUUGCGAAGAGUUACCUCGGCUAAGGGCUGGGGAGAGGUUGAGUUUGGGGCAGGAGACACUCAUGGCCCUCUCUUCGGGCUGAAGAUUUUCCGUAACUUGACUUCACGCUGCUUCACAACGGCUCAUUGUGGCAUGCAGUUUUCAUCCCGUGGUAUACGGCCGGGUCUCACUACUAUGCUUGCACGCCACCUAGACAAAAACACUAUGGGUUAUUUACAGUGGCGCUGGGGAACUCAGUCUUCCAUGAACACCAGCAUCGUCAGGGACACCAAAAGCAGUCAUUUCACCUUUGCUGUGCAGCUGGGAAUUCCACAUACGUUUAUUAUGAUGAGCUACCAGUACAAAUUCCAGGAUGAUGAUCAGACCAAGAUCAAGGGCUCUGUCAAGUCAGGGUUUUUCGGUACUGUGGUGGAAUACGGUGCAGAGACUAAGAUCAGUAGGCACAGUGUCCUGGGUGCUACUGUCAGUGUUGGAGUACCUCAGGGCGUCUCUCUCAAGAUCAAGUUGAACCGAGCGAGUCAGACGUACUUCUUCCCAAUUCACUUAACAGACCAGCUUCUACCCAGCGCCGUGUUUUAUGCCACUGUCGGACCCCUUGUGUUCUACUUGGCCAUCCAGCGGCUGGUUAUCAGACCUUAUGUUCGUGCUCAGCAGGAACAGGAGCUUGAGAAGCAGCGGGAGAGCUCGGCAUCAGACGUCGCCAAGAAGAAGCAAGAGGCAGAAGCAGCUGUUCUGCUGAUGCAAGAGUCUGUGCGUAGAAUUAUCGAAGCGGAGGAGUCCAGAAUGGGUCUGAUCAUCCUCAAUGCGUGGUAUGGCAAGUUUGUGACAGACAACAGCCGUAAGCACGAAAGGGCAAGGGUCAUUGAUGUCACUGUGCCUCUACAGUGCCUGGUGAAGGACUCGAAGCUCAUUCUCACAGAAGCUUCUAAGGCUGGUUUACCAGGCUUCUACGACCCCUGUGUAGGUGAGGAAAAGAGUCUGAAGAUGCUGUAUCAGUUCAGAGGUGUGAUGCACCAAGUUCUAUGUGGUGACACAGAAGCACUCAGGAUACCAAAACAAUCCCACAGGAUUGAUAAUGAAUGACAGUUAGGAUCAUAUAUCUAUUGAGCUAAAAGGGACAGCUUGGACUGGUAUAGACUGAAGAGACACAGAUGUUCUGGAGUAGUGCCCUGGAAACACUCUGUGCCCAUAAGUCUUCAUAUACCUAUUUAUCCUUUAUUUUGUUCUGUUUUAAAUGAUAUUCUACAUGAUGUCUGUUUGCGAUUUAGAACAUUUAAUUGGAACGUUUAAUUUACUGGAUUUCCACUAAUAAAAUGAUGGCCUUUCCAAGAAAAAGCAAGACAAAAGAUAUAUUUUUGUGUUGGUAGGCCUCAUAACCAUUUUUAAACAAAGCCCCUCUUCUUUAAAUAUGGAUCCACAACAGUGCCUGUAAUCAGCACUCACCAGAGAGAGCUAUUUUACCCUCAUUACAUCACAGAGAAACCAUUGCUGCUUGAUCCGACUCACUAAAUCCCACAGGAGCUGGUGUGUACCCCAGCUGUCAGUCUUCUUUUUGUGUCUGACUUUUUGUACCACCGGCUUCUAAAUAAAUGAUCUUGCAAGUG